UCCAGCCACAGUGCCUCCCAGUUUCUUCCUGCACCGAGGGACAGCUCACAGUUCACCUCUGCCCUGAGUUCUGGAAACCUGGGAGUAUCUGAAGACUGAUCUGGAGAAACUCAACCCUCCUCAGGUUACCUGAAUGAAUGGACCGCCCUUAAGCUACACCUCCACUCAGAGCUCUGGGGGCAGAGCUUCCAUAUCGCAGUAGAUGUGAAAAGGCUUCCCACUGCUGAAGAGGAAGGCAAAACAACUCAAAUCUGAAGAAAUGAAAUUUCUAAGGACAGUCGCGUUCUGCUUCGUGCUUAUUGCGACGUGUUCUUCAGAAACGAUGUUGAGCGAGAGCAUUCAGCCCGUUGCUCGGCCCUUGAUUCUCCACGAACAUGACCUAGCGGGGGAAGAGCCAGUAAGGCAGAAACGAGCAGUUGCAGUGAGUGGUCCCGUGGAGGAAGAAUACACCGUGGAUGUUGAGAUCAGUUUUGAAAACAUCUCCUUCCUGGAGUCUGUCAAAGCUCACUUGAACAGCCUCAGUUUUCCAAUUCAAGGAAAUGGCACGGACCCAGCCACGGACAUCAUGAGCAUAGCAAUGACAACAGUCUGCACACCUGCUGGAAAUGACCUCUUGUGCUCCUGCGAGAAAGGCUAUGUGUGGCCCCGGGAAAGGUGUCUCCACAAUCUGACUUGUCAAGAGCAUGGUGGUGCCCUGUCAGGCCGCUCCUGCAGUUGUCUGAAAGGACUUCCUCCCCAGGGACCUUUCUGCCAGCUCUCUGAUGCAUAUAUUACCUUAAAAAUCAAAGUCAGACUGAACAUAGAAUUUCCAGAAGAACUCAAGAAUUCGUCCUCUGCCCUCUAUAGGUCCUACAAGACCGACCUGGAAAGAGCGUUCCGAGAGGGUUACAAAACUUUACCAGGCUUCAGAUCCGUGACCGUGACCCACUUCACCAAAGGCAGCGUGGUUGUGAACUUCGAGGCCCAGUUUAAAUCGUCACCGCUGCCCGGAUCAAUUCACAAAGCCAACGAGCAUGUCACACAGAACCUCAACCAGACCUACAGAAUGGACUACAGCUCCUUCCAAGGAACGCCGAGCAAUGAAACGAAGUUCACGGUUACACCGGAAGUCAUCUUCGAGGGAGACAGCGUAGUUCUGGAGUGUGAAAGUGAAAUCGUGUCCUCCAACACGUCUUGGUAUUACGGAGAGAAACGCUCCGAGAUCCAGAGCGGCGGCAGAUUCUCCAUCCACACCUCGGUCCUCAACAACAUGAGCUUGGUCUCGCGCCUCACCAUUUAUAACUUCACGAAGCGCGAUGCCGGUGAAUAUCGUUGCAAGCUGACAUUGGAUAUUUUUGAAUAUGGGGACACCAAAAGACUAGAUGUCACUCCCAUCCGGAUUCUGGCCAAGGAAGAAAGGAAGGUGGUGUGUGACAGCAACCCUAUCUCGUUGAACUGCUGCAGCGAGAACAUAGCCAACUGGAGCAAAAUUGAGUGGAAGCAGGAAGGGAAAAUAAAAAUUCUAGGGAUCCCAGAAACAGACCUCGACUCUAGCUGCAGCACUUACACCCUCAAGGCAGAUGGAACCCAGUGUCCUAGCGGGUCUUCUGGAACAACAGUCACCUACACGUGUGAGUUCGUCAGUCCCUACGGAGCCAGAGGCAGUAAGAACAUAGCUGUGACGUUCAUCUCUGUAGGAGAUAAUUCCAGCUACAAAGGGGAAGUGCCCGAGGUCCUAAGGCAUGUGAUGGAAGUGAGUACAGUUCAGAGCACCACCGCCAACAGCCUAGAAACAAGUAAAGCCCAGGAACAGCAAGCCAACCUAACAAUAACCCCGGACCCAAUUUCUGUUUCUGAGGGACAAAGCUUCUCUAUCUCAUGCAUCAGCGACGUGAGUAACUAUGAUGAGGUGUACUGGAACACUUCUGCUGGCAUUAAAAUCCACCCAAGGUUUUAUACCAUGAGCCGGCAAGGAGAUCGAGCAGAGUCGGUGCUGACGGUGAAGACCUCCACCAGGGAGUGGAAUGGAACCUACCACUGCAUAUUUAGAUACAAGAAUUCAUACAGUAUCGCCACCAAAGACGUCACCAUCCACCCACUACCUCUGGAGUCAGAUAUCAUGAUGGAUCCUUUGGAAGCCAGCGGCCUGUGCACCAGUUCCCAUCAGUUCAGGUGCUGCGUGGAAGAGGAGAAAGGGGAAGAGUACUCCGUCACUUUCCACGUCGAUUCCUCAGCUUUUCCUGCUGAGAGAGAAGUCAACGGUAGGCAAGCAUGCUACAAAUACAGCCUCCCAGCAAACUUCCUCCUGUGUCCCAAAAACAUCGACGUGUUUUGCCACUUUACCAACGCGGCCAACACCUCGGUCCGGAGCCCAUCAAUGAAGCUCACCCUUGUUCGGGGGGAGAAUAUCACAUGCCGGGAUCCUGUGAUUGGUAUUGGAGAGCCUGGGAAGGUCAUUCAGAAGCUGUGCCAAUUCUCAAAAGUUUCCAGAAGCCCUGGCCAGAUCAUCGGUGGGACCGUCACUUAUAAAUGUGUGGGCUCCCAGUGGAAGGAGGAGAAAAGAGGCUGCAUUUCAGCCCCAAUCAACACUUUGCUCCAGUUAGCCAAGGCUCUGAUCAAGAGCCCCUCCCAGGACCAGAAGCUCCCUACGUACCUGAGGGACCUUUCUGUUAGUGCUGGGAAGGAGGAAUGGGAUAUCCGCUCAUCUCCAGGAAGCCUGGGAGCCGUCAUCAGAAUCCUUGAUUUGCUCUCAACAAUUCCAACCCAAGUGAAUUCGGAAAUGAUGAGGGAUGUGCUUGCUACCAUUAAUGUCAUCUUAGACAAGUCCACCUUGAAGUCCUGGGAGAGGUUACUGCAGCAGCAGAGCAACCAGAGCUCCCAGUUCCUGCAUUCAGUGGAAAGGUUUACCAAAGCGCUACAGUUGGGAGACAACACCCCUCCGUUCCUCUUCCACCCUAACGUUCAGAUGAAGAGCAUGGUAGUAAGACGUGGACACCCUCAGAUCUACCAGCAGAAGUUUGUCUUCACAGACUCUGACUUGUGGGGCGAUGUCGCCAUUGAUGAGUGCCAGCUGGGAAACUUGCAACCCGACUCAUCUAUUGUCACUGUGGCCUUCCCAACCCUCAAAGCCAUCCUUGCCAAGGAUGGACAGGAAAAGGCAUCUUCCAACAGCUUGGUGAUGACUACUACUGUCAGCCACAGCAUCAUCAAGCCCUUUAGGAUUUCCAUGACUUUCAAGAACAACCAUCGUUCAGGUGGCAAGCCGCAGUGUGUCUUCUGGAACUUCAGCCUCGCCAACUACACAGGGGGCUGGGACAGCAGUGGGUGUUCUAUGGAGGAUGAUGGCAGGGACAAUAGGGACUGGGUCUUCUGCAAGUGUAACCACCUGACGUCAUUCUCCAUCCUCAUGUCCCCAGACUCCCCAGAUCCAGGAUCCCUCCUAAAAGUACUUCUGGAUAUCAUUUCUUACAUUGGGCUGGGGUUUUCCAUCUUCAGCUUAGCGGCCUGUAUAGUUGUAGAAGCCAUGGUGUGGAAAUCAGUGACCAAGAACCGAACUUCCUAUAUGCGCCACAUCUGCAUAGUCAACAUCGCUUUUUGCCUUCUGAUUGCUGACAUCUGGUUCAUUGUGGCUAGUGCGAUCCACGACGGCCACUACCCACUCAACGAAACAGCCUGCGUGGCCGCCACCUUCUUCAUUCACUUCUUCUACCUCAGCGUCUUCUUCUGGAUGCUAACACUGGGCCUCAUGCUCUUCUACCGUCUGAUCUUCAUUCUACAUGAUGCCAGCAAGUCCACCCAGAAAGCCAUUGCCUUUUCCCUCGGCUACGGCUGCCCCCUCAUCAUCUCAUCCAUCACAGUGGGGGUCACGCAGCCACAGGAAGUCUACAUGAGGAAGAAUGCAUGCUGGCUCAACUGGGAGGACACCAGAGCCCUCCUGGCGUUUGCCAUCCCCGCACUGGUCAUUGUGGUGGUGAACGUGAGCAUCACAGUUGUGGUCAUCACCAAGAUCCUGAGGCCUUCUGUUGGAGACAAGCCUGGCAAGCAGGAGAAGAGCAGCCUGUUUCAGAUCAGCAAGAGCAUCGGGGUCCUCACGCCUCUCUUAGGGCUCACUUGGGGUUUCGGUCUCGCCACAGUGAUCCAGGGGAGCAGUGCCGUGUUCCACAUCAUCUUCACCCUGCUCAAUGCCUUCCAGGGGCUCUUCAUCUUACUCUUCGGCUGCCUCUGGGAUCAGAAGGUGCAGGAAGCUUUGCUGAAUAAGUUUUCAUUGUCAAGAUGGUCUUCUCAGCACUCAAAGUCAACAUCCCUGGGUUCAUCUACACCCGUGUUUUCUAUGAGUUCUCCGAUAUCCAGAAGAUUUAAUAAUCUUUUUGGUAAAACAGGAACAUUAUAACGUUUCCACCCCAGAAACAACAGUUCUUCUGUGGAAAAUUCAUCUAGUGCUUACUCACUGCUCAACUAGGACCAGACAAAGCCAAAUCCACAGGGACCCGCUCAGAAACGGGGCGUGUGCCGAGAAAAAGGACCCCAUCCAAAUCUGUGGGUAACGUGUUCUCUCUGCAGACUUCUGCAGCAGAUACUGAGAGAUUUUUUUCAGUAAAGAAGACGCUUUUCUUCUGUAAGGACAGACCUAAAGCAAUUGCCAUGUUUAUUUUUGUUCCCACCUUCAUCUGUUGUGUAAUGCCAACUAUGUAUAGUAUUUAAAAGAAACCCCACAAGGCCCAACUUUUCUAUAUGUAUUGUAAAUAGAAUUUUGAAGAGAGUUUUUCAGCCCACCCUAACCCACCCCACCCCACCCCGUUGGCUACCAAGAUGAGUGUUGACUGGAGUUGUAAGUAAAAGCCAGUACUCAGGAGUUCAGUGGAUUCGAGGAAGGAGAGAAGAAAGGUAGGAGGAAGGAAGGAAGGAAGGAAGGAAGGAAGGAAGGAAGGAAGGAAGGAAGGAAGGAAGGAAGGACGGAAGGAUGCCGUUGAAAAACAUUAGGGAGUACAUUGUAGGUUUCUACAUCAAGGUCUAAUAUGAUCACACAGAUGCCACAGCACUGAGAAUGAAAAUAUCUGGCUCAAAAAUGGACAAUCAGAUGAAGUUAUGGUGGGCAAGCAUAGCAUAUUUCUUGAUAUUUCCCUAGUUAAAAGGGUAAACUCCAGGGAAGAGGAGAGAAAUAGGAAGGGCAUCAUGCCACGAGGAUGCUUCUGGCUGGCUGGUAUUAUCUACAAGCAAUGCACCCAAGGAGACACAUGCUCACGACAAGGACAUGCAUAUGAACCUUUGCAGGACAAGGCCUGAGCAAAGAUUGGAUGUACACACGUAGGAACUAUGAACAGCAACAUCGAUCAGAUUCAAGUAAGGAUUCAUCUCUCAUGGUUUGUCAGGAAAGCACGUGUGUUAGUUUGUUUGACAUUUCGAAGGCAACACAUGUAUAUGUAUAUAUAUUAUACCCAGUUAUUGACAAAUUUGUUGUAUUGCACUGGACUCAGACUCCCGUAUCUGUCUUACCUGUAACAGCUUUAACCAGGUACUUUCUGUGCAUUCUAGAAUAGACUUUAAUGACUGUGUAGCAUGUACGUUUCUAUUAUUGUGGUUGUGACAUCAUCAUGGCUGUGGCGAUGAUGGCCCUUGAUGUGCUUUGCUGUAUCACUUGAUGGCCCCUUGAUGUGCUAGCUGUGUACUGUCCCUUGCCAGUCUUCUAAGUGCCCAGGCCAAUACACAUUCAGAGCUCCUCUGGUCUGUUCUGUGUUCAUGACAGCCACUUGGACGGCUUCUGGAGGACGAGCGUACACGGCUCUUCUGUGCCCCCAGCCACACUUCACUUUGAUAAGCAAAUGGCAGACCCCCCCCCCCCAGGAUUAGUUUGUGAAUUCACGCCCGUGUGGUUUUUGUAUGUGUGUCUCUCAAAAAUACAGAUAUUUAUUAAAACUGCAUCCAUGUUAGAGCACACCAUGUUCAGUACCCCAGAGCAAUCAUACAUGUUUAUACAUGUCCAGGGGAAACCACAGAGGAACAGUGGCAGUAAGAAACAGGGACUUGGUAAAUUUCUCCUUGCUGUAGAAAGAUGCUGUAUCAAAAGGAACUUCAGGGAGAUGCGGUUCGUUUUGGCUUCUACUUCAGAGCACAGUCUGUUGCACUGGGGAAAGCAUGGUUGGGGAACAUGAAGCCAGCCCACCACACUGCCUUGGCAGUCGGGAAAUAAAGAACAGGAAGUGGGACAAGGUCUAUGACCUCUCACAGCCCUCCCCCAGUGUGAUACACUUCCUCUAGCCCGGCCCCACUCCUAAGGUUCUUCUAAUCUUCCCAAACAGCACCCAACAAUGAGGGGGGGAGGGGUGGGGCAAGGAUUCAAAUACGGAGCCUAUAGAGGAUAUUUCACGUUCAACAACAAAUAUCAGGCUUCUCAGGGUGGGUGGGCAGUGUUGGGUUUUUAAGGAAUGAGAGCCGCUGUGUGCCCCUUCAAUAGAAAGACAGCAGAGAGAGUCUGAGCUCUAGCCAUCAUUUAUUGACUUAGAAUUCUGAAAGUUUUAUUUUUAAUAAACACUUUAAAAACUCUUCCUUUUAGCUCUAAGGUUGAAUUUUACUUCUCUGUUCUUCACAGAGACAGAAAUAUGGGACAAAAUUCCUUCCGUUGAGUUCUGUCUCUAUACAAGUGCCACAGGUAUCUGUUCCCACAGGCCUUUCCCAGCCCUAAUGGAUAAUCAUUAAAGUCCUUACAGGAAAGAAAUGUUGAUGUGCAAACACGGGUGAGUUCUCCAGGGAGUCUCCGAAGCAGGACAGAGUUCAAUAGAGAGAAAACAGAGACGAGUCUGUACUAUAUAAGGCAUCCUUUGGAUUAGAAUCGGUUGUUAGAGAAAGAACAGCUUGGAUUCAUUCAGCUCCUUGGAGUUCUGAGCAGGGCUACUGCACAGCACACAGCUCUGAGCAGGGCUACUGCACAGAAUGGCAUUGCAGCCUUGACGUAAGGGAGGCACAGCACCAGGAAAGGUGCAGAAGUCGGAGGAACGCUGAACUUUGGCCCUCUUCACUGGUGCCCCUUGGGAGCCAUUGGCCUUGACCUUGUGAAGAAAACCUCCAUAACAGCGUAAUAGCAGGAACUUCCAGCUGAAUUCCAUAGGAUGUGACUCUGGCCCUCUGCCCAUGUUCAUUCACAGGGACACGUUCCCCCGUUGCCAGCGCGCAUGCUCAGACUCUAAUGGACACACAAAUUCAUACACAGACCCCACACUCUGACAUAGGCAGACACAGACACGCACACACACCUGCACACUCAUAUGGACACACAUCAACACCCAAACACACAGGCACACCUGUACAGAUAUUUUUGUAAGAGCUGCCACACAUCUCUGCCCCAACUGAAUGGCUCAUUAUUCAGAAUUCCCUAAGGAAGUUUGUUAGUGUGUAAACGCAAGAUUCAGCAGGGGACUUUCAUCUUUGGGCCGACAUUUACACAUUCAUAGCAACCUGAGCGCACACAUACACAUUCACAUCAACCUGAGCACACACAUAGACAUUCACACCAACCUGAGCACACACAUAGAAUUCACACCAACCUGAGCACACACACAAUUCACACCAACCUGAGCACACACAUAGACAUUCACACCAACCUGAGCACACACAUACACAUUCACACCAACUUGAGCACACACAUAGACAUUCACACCAACCUGAGCACACCACAAUACAUAUUCACUCCAACCUGAGCACACACAAAGGUCCCUCAGUCUCCUCAAGACACAGCACUGGAUUCCAGAAGAUGUGGCUGGAGAUACGGCUCGAUGGUUGGGAAUGUGUACCUGCCCUCUUACAGAGGAAUCUCAAGUUCGGCUCCCAGCACCCACGUUGGGCAGCUCCCCACCACCUGUAAUUCCAGCUGGAGGGAGUCUGCUGCCCUCCUCUUGACUUUGGGGGGGGCACUUACAGUGCCUAUCCUCCUCCCUGGCACACGUGUUUACACAUAAUUAAAGUUGCAAAAAUAAAUUCCAGAAGAUGUAUGUGACCAACGCCGAAGGUGCACUUGGUGGUUUUUCUGCUCACGGUCCCCCGCUGGCAUUUCGAAGCAAUACUACAAGUAAAGCGUAGUAUGCAAAAUUGCAAAAGAUGGAAGCACGCAAUACACGUUGUAUUGCGUGAAAGCCAGAGCCUGCACCCAGUUCUGCAGCAGCAGCAGCACGAACUGUGGCAGAGGAGUUGUCAGUGACUUGGGCGCCACGUGAAGCCUGUUCACUUGCUAAGAGAGCGCCCCCUCCUUCCGCGUUCUCCGUGUCUUUUAUUGUGUAAUGUAAUUCUUGUGCGCUCCAGCUUUCUUUCCAAAAUGGGACUUUCCACUAAGGGCAGGUUUCUUGCAAAAAGAUUUAUGCUAAUGUUUCAGGGGUUGUGGAACUGGAGGACCCAAAAUCACACAAUUAAUACACAGCAAUGUUGUGAGGGAUUGCUAUAGGUGUCACUCAGCAUCUCUCAGGAAGAAACGAAGGAAUGCCAUGGGAAGCCAGAGCCUUUUGUAACUUGUGCGGGGCCCUCCUGAGAGGUCUGUGUCAGAAGGAAAUGUACACGGAGAUAAGAAAGAAUACAGCAGUCAGUCAGCGUGGAGGGAGGGAGACACGGGGUGGGGGGGCUAAUCCCAGGCGAGUGGAGCAGAAAGUCGCAGCCAGCUAGGAUAGGAAGACAGAAGAAAAUCACACGAGCUGUUUAUGCAGGGAGAAAGUGUUUAAUCUGUGGCUGGCAUGUAGAGGUGCCUUGAUAAGGGGCCCUUUCACCCCAAAGAGAGAGCCAGUGAUCAGGGGCCAAUAGAAACCAGGUUCCUUGAGCAUCCACAAGGGAGGAGCCUAGAGCAGACAUCCAUUUCUUACUGAUUUUUAAGGACAAGAGAAAUAGCAUUUCUGUCGCAAUCAGAUGCCAUGGGUUUCUAGAAUUAUGACUCAGAGUUUAAAACCAUGUCCUGCUAAUACAUCAGUGUAUACCGAUGGUGUCUUUCCUGGUAAUAAAAUAGCUAAUGAUUCACCGA